GGCAUCGGCGUCGGCACCAUCAACAAUGGCACGUUUGAAGUUCACACUGCUCCACAGUAUAAACAAAGUCAAAGCCAUGAACACGCCUUUCGCAUUCCGCCUGCUCGAUCUUCCCAACGAGCUGGUCUCGACAAUUAUCGAGCAUGUUGAGUCGGUGGCUAUCCUGAAGACACUAUGCCGUACAUGCCGAAGGCUGCAAUACUUGACAGAGCCUGUCCUCUACCGGUAUGCUCUCAUACGCACUGGCGUGGAAACCGAAUUCAUACACGGUGCCAUCACCCACCACACACGAGGAAGGGAUCGGGCGGCUGCUCUCGAGAAGAUCGACAUCCCUUGCCAUCCACGAUUUCAUCAAAACUUCCAGGAAGUGGCCCGUAUACUGGCAGCAGUGUCUAACCUGAAGGAGCUCAUGAUCGAAAGUCCGGAAUGCAAUACGAGCGAUUUUGAAAGCGAAGCAGAAUGGCAGCAAAUGGUGGGCUCCCUGUUUCGGCCAUUCCGGGACGCGCUAUCUGGCAUUAUCACAGAGCGUCUGCCGCUGCAGAAGCUGCAGAAACUUACUCUACAUAUUAAUGGUAGCGAUUCUCCAUACUGGACACUUGAUCAGUGGAGCGUGUGCCUGUUUCUGCUGCCCUCACUCGUAUUUCUCAAGGUCUCUUGCAUCAAUCUCCUCCACGACAUACCAGGUGGUCCUACCAGUAAGGCCAUAUGUCCACUUAGACACUUGGAGCUGGAAGAGGCGAAUAUCACACAUACAGGACUUCGUUACAUCCUGGGUCUACCUCGGGCUCUCGAGAUACUAUACCUCGGCGAGAACUGUUACAACAUACGCCACUUUGGUGAAGAGGUUGACCCAACUUCAAAUCACCUUUUCACGUCCGACUCUGCUGCGUCUGUAGAGGCACUGAAGCAGCAGAGCCAUUCGUUGAAACAACUGACCUAUGCGACAACCGAUAAAUACUAUCAACACCGCCAGCGUCGGCUGACCAACCGUAACAAAGGUCCCACCGAUGCUGGCUUUGCCGACUUUCACUGCCUGGAAUCUGUCACACUUAUUGGCUACUGUCCCAAUUUCGAGCGAGCGAUCAUGUCAAGUCGAUCACCGCCAAUCCUGAAAAAUCUGACCUUCAAAUCCGAUAAUGCCUUCAGGCCGGGCUCUUACGGCGAGGCAGAAAGUACGUUCAGCAUGAUACCAUUUCUGCGAGCACCAUCUAGCUCGGUACCGCCCACUCUGGCAAACCUUAAUGUCGUAUACCACAAUCCGCCACUAUCACCACAAGAUCUGACUCCAUCGACACGAAUAUUCAUCGAGACUGCCGCCAAAGCGACUGGCAAGGUCGGCAUCAACCUGCGUGUGCUUUCGGAGGACAGGACGAACUAUUUCCCACCUUAUCUGUACGGCGAGCCCACUCCGGAGGAACAUGUCGUGUAUGAUGGAGAUUUUACGCAAAGCUUUGCUUCGAUCGGCGCUAAAGCAUCUAGUCGAGUGAUCUUAUGGGGUCCGAUCGAGGAUUGAGGUAGAAGUCUGCUCUCGCAUCAAGAUGGCGAUGAGGACCGAUCACGUUCUUCUUGUUGAUGGGGUAUGGACAGCAUGAAGACAAUAACAAUGUCGUUCCCAUAGCAGCUUCGCAAUACAGCAUUUAAUUC